AUGAACGGGUUCAGUAGCGAAGAAGGUUUUGGCGUGGUUGACAUGAGCGGACAACGAUCAAGAGCUGUAGGUUUUUUCUUUCUUUUCAAUCUGUCCACAUUUUCUAUCUCAUGUUUUUCAGGCGUUAGUUGAAAGGAGACGAGAAAAAGUUGAAGUCGAAGUUGUGUCAAUUGUAGUUGGACGGGGAGAAGAGCACGUGCGUGGAACUACCGGAUCGGUUUUUUCCGAUUUUUUCUAUGAUAAUUCUAAAGUUUCUAGGUGACUCUAAUUCUUUAUAAGGACGUCAAACUGUUGAUCGAUUGUGGAGAUCCCUGGAAUGGGCCGGAAAUUCUGGCAAACCUGCAGAAAAGAGGCGUUUCAGCUGAGGAGGUGGUUCCAUUAUUUUUAAAUAAGCAUUUACGUGUGAAAUUUGAUGAUUGUUUUCUGUCAAACUGAGGGUUUUUUUUUCAGGUGACUCAUGUUGCAAUAACGCAUGGCCAUAUCGACCAUAUCGGGAACUUGCAUUUAUUCCCGAACGCCACUUUCAUUAUGAGCCGAGACAGAGGUCAAAGGUUGCCCAAUGGCGUACCAGAAUACAAUGAAGCUGAUCAAGAUGAAGACCGACCCCUUUUUACGGUUUCUUUCGCUCUUCAUUCAUUUUCAAUCCACCAAUUUUUUUCAUCAUACGUGAACUGUUCAAAAAAUGAUUUCGUAAAUAAAUCUAGAGAGACGACUGAAAUAAUUAUUUUUUAUUCCUUUAGAGUCAAUUCGAGGUUUUUCUUGAGAAAAAAAGUCCCCGCGAUCGUCAAUGCAAUUUUUUUAUAUUAGUACUUAUUUCUACGUUCUUUAAAAAUGAUAUAAGUAUCUGAAAAAUUUUGUCGUCUCAAAAAAAUUUUUUUCAUAAUCUUGAAAAGCAUAUGAAACUUUGAGGAGAAAUAAAAAAAUAUUUUUUUCAGAGCGGAAUUGUAACAAGUAACAAAUUUUGAAAUAAUCCAUCAAAAAAGAAAUUAUUUGUGAAGGUUCACUUCUCCGCCUUUUAUUCAGAUACCCAAUAAUGACUCAAACCAGUCCUGAAUUGCAUACACUAUUCUAAUAUUUUGAAAUACUUCAGUGUUGUCCCGAGUUGAAGAGAAAUGAACUCUACAGAUUGUGCCCGAACUCAUUUGGAUGUCUGCCUUUGAAGAAAUUCCCGGAGCGUAUUUUCUCUUCACUACAGCUCAUUCCGCCGAAGAUCUAAUGUUCUAUGUGAAUACUAAAGAUGGUGUUCUAAUAGUAGCAGGUUUCUAUAUCGAGCAUAGGAGCUCAAUCUUCAUUCAAUGAUUUUAGGAGACUUGUUCGAAAAUGAAGAUUUGGGAGGAGAUGUCCCGAUGCCUGUAAAUCCCGCCAAUUAUAACGUUUUAAGGGAAGCUGUACUUGAUCGUGCCGAUUUCAUUGUUCCGGGUGAGUAGGAUUCAGUUUUUGGACAAGUUUUAUCAUUGAAAAGAAAAAGAAAAAUUGUCAACUUUCAGGACAUGGACGCAUUUUUUUCAAGUGA